AUGGACGGUCUUUCCAUUGCCGAUGCCGGUGCCGGCGGUGGUGGAGACCCCGCGCAGAAGAAUAGUGAUAGUCAAUAUAGUCACUCCGAUCGACCUGACCAAGGAGUCGCCAGUCCAUCAUCCUCACGACUUCAAGCCGACGAAAACAAUCGAGAUGAAAACACUGAUGAUGAGGAUAGCCAGCCUAGCAAUUAUUCGGAUGCGGCUGAUGAUAUCGAAUGCUCAGAGUUAAUCGGCCCAUUACCCACUGAAGAUGUUAAUACUGGUAUCAAUACCGAUAAUCUGGGGAAGAAGACGAACACUCAGGAUGAGAUACUCAGCAGCAAGCUCGACAAUCCGGAGACUGAGGGCACCACUAGUGAUGGCACUUCGGCAUUAAAGCCUGCCAAUUUCACUUGUUCCCUCCCGUGUACUCCUCCGGCCAAGACGCAGAGCCCAGUCUCGAUGGGAGAAAGCAUGCUCAGGCCACGCACAACAAACAAUCCCAGUACUCUUCCUCACUCCCCAGCCCACGCUCAUGAAGGUCAACAAGGCUCGAUUCCGGAACCGAUGGCUUCCGAUCAUCAGAUGGUCCACAGUACCCCCGGGGGAGUCCGGUCUCUUGCCGAGAAGUGGGAAGAGCGUGCUGCCCCCGAUCGGCUGAGCUUCAGCCCCCGGGGCUCGAGUCUGAUAGUCUCCACCCGGCUGCUCAGGCUCCCCCCGAAGGAGCCCGAGCCCCGACCGACACCCAACCAGGCCAACCUCACGCCAACUCAGACCACCACCACCAUCAUCAACAGCGACAGCCUGCCCUCGAAGAAACCACCCUCAGCAGCUCCCCAACCUCGUUCACCCGCCAUUCUGUCCAUCAACAACAGCUCCAGCACCAUCAAAUCCAGCCGACUCGCUCCUUCAACUCUCCCCACCACCAGCCUGACCGCCAGCCUCUAUUCAAGUCCCGCUCGGAUCCCACCUCAUGCUUGGAUGACACUCACUCCCUCCACCCUGUCAGCCGCCGUCAUCAUAACCACCACCCCUCCGUCAUCCCUCAGCCGAACAAGCACUCCGACCCACCCAGGAACCAAGCAUCCAUGGAGUCCUCCCAAUCAACCCACUCGACCCAUCAACCGUCAUCUUACAACCUAA